AUGUAUUCACUCAAGCAAUCCUCCCUCCUCACCUUCCUCACUUCAGGCCUCACCAUCCUCGCCGCACCCCAAGUCACUCCACCACCACCCAUCCCAUCAAUCGCCGUCCCACAACCACACCCAGUCCCAACCCUCCCAGUACCACAACCACUUCCUCUCCCAACAGCUCCAAACCCAGGUCUUAUCCCAACCCCAAGACCGAACCCUAACCCCGACAACGACGACGACGACGACGACCAACCUCAGGAUGAACCCUCAACCACCAUCACCACCCCAGCAACAAACCCCUGCCUAACCUCCCUCUCCGCCCUCUUAUCAGGUUUCCCCUCCCCCUCCAGUUCCGAAAACCCCCUCUUCCCCCCCUGGGCCUCCUCCUCCCCCCCACCAAUCCUGAUCAUCUCCUCCGCCCUAUCAAGCAACCAAUCCUUCUCCCCCGAGCUAGGCCUAGGCGACUCAACAGACGAGAUGUGCUUCUCCGCCGUGGCAGCCAUCACCCCUUCCCCUACUGAACUAGCAGCAGCCUAUUCUGCCUAUCUGGACGAUGUCCAGAUGUGGAGAUUUGCUGUUGAAGGAGAGGCGUACAGGCUGGCGGAGAAGUGUGGAGGGGGGGUGGGGGGGGGGAGAAAAUGA